UUCUUGAGAGAGAGAGAGAGUGUAUGUAUACAUAUAUUCACAUAUAUAUAUAUAUAUAUGCUCUCCUCUCACACUCAACAAAAACGCAUAAAGUCAGAAACCAACUGAAACUAGAACCACCGUGUAUCAUCAACAAUCACUAUGUGCAAUCCCAAUUCCCUUCCCGACCACAAGCCCCCAUCGCCGGCUCCGGCGCCGGCGCCGGCGCAGCAGUGCCACCUGUAUCUCGAUCUGAUAUCAGCAGUCCCGGCCCUCAAACGCCAAGAAACCACCGCCACCAAAAAGGCAGCAGCAGUCGCCGGCCUGCCCAUGGUAUUGGCAGAAACCAAAGCUCUUCUAAAUCUGGCUCUCCCCAUAGCCUUGACAGCCCUAAUUCUCUACUCACGCUCCAUGCUUUCUAUGCUCUUCCUGGGCCACCUCGGCGACAUUGAACUGGCCGCGGGGUCCCUCGCCAUAGCCUUCGCCAAUAUCACGGGCUACUCAGUCCUGUCCGGGCUGUCCCUCGGAAUGGAGCCUCUCUGCGCGCAGGCCUUCGGGGCCCAACGCCCAAAGCUGCUUUCUCUCACCCUUCAGAGGUCUGUCAUUUUCCUGUUGGUUUGUUCAGCUCCGAUUGCUUCUCUGUGGCUCAACAUUUCCACGAUUUUCCAGUAUUUGCACCAAGACCCCUGUAUUACCAAAUUGGCCGGGACAUAUCUUGCUUUCUCGCUCCCUGAUCUUGUUGCGAAUUCCUUUAUCCACCCCAUAAGGAUUUACCUUCGGGCUCAAGGAAUCACCCAUCCCCUGACCCUGGCUUCCCUCGUCGGGGCGGCUUUCCAUUUGCCGAUCAACUACCUGCUCGUCUCCCGGCUCGGCCUCGGCGUGGCGGGGGUCGCGGCGGCCUCCGCCGCGUCCAAUUUGGUGGUGCUGGUGGCGCUGGUGGUCUACAUUUGGGCACGUGCUCUGCACGCUCCAACGUGGACGAAGCCGAGCCUCAAGUGCCUGACGGGGUGGGCGCCGAUGGUGCGGCUGGCGGCGCCGAGCUGCGUGUCGGUGUGCCUGGAGUGGUGGUGGUACGAGAUCAUGAUAGUGCUGUGCGGGCUGCUGGUGGACCCCAAAGCCACGGUGGCGUCGAUGGGGGUUCUGAUCCAAACGACGUCGUUGCUCUACGUGCUGCCGUCUUCGCUGAGCCUGGCGGUGUCGACCCGGGUCGGGAACGAGCUCGGGGCGAGCCGGCCGGACCGGGCCCGGGUCGCGGCGAUCGUGUCCAUCUUUCUGGCCGGCAUGAUGGGCUUAUCCGCGAUGACGUUCGCUACGUCGAUGCGGAAUCUGUGGGCCCGGAUGUACACGGAUGACGUGGACAUUCUGCGGCUGACGUCGGCGGCGCUGCCAAUCCUGGGGCUGUGCGAGCUCGGGAACUGCCCGCAGACGGUGGGCUGCGGCGUCGUCCGGGGGACGGCGCGGCUGGCGACGGCGGCGAACGUGAACCUCGGGGCGUUCUACCUGGUGGGGAUGCCGGUGGCGGUUGGGCUGGGGUUCUGGUUGGGGGUGGGGUUUCGUGGGCUGUGGAUUGGGCUGCUGUCGGCCCAAGUGUGCUGCGCUGGGCUCAUGCUGUAUGUGGUGGGGACCACAAACUGGGAGUACCAGGCCGUCAGGGCCCAGCUGCUCACGUGCGGGGGAUGUGGCGAGGCACCCUUGCCACGUGAGGAUGGUGGUGACGAGAAUGACGCCCACUCCUUGAUUUCUCUAAAGCUGACGUCACUCUCACUCUGCUGAUCACUGAUUUAUUUCUUUUUUUUUUGGGUUUUUGGAGAUUCAAAUGGAUUUUUGUAAAAAUGGAAUUAUAUUGUUAGAAGAAAUCCCUCCAGGAAUGGAAUUCGAUAUAUGAAUUAUUGUUGUUACUAUCAUUAUUAUUAGAUGAACAUGGAGUGAUAGUAUAUGUGUAUUAUGCCAAUACAAGUAAGUCAUCCA